UUUCUAAAUUUAGAACUUCACUUCUCAAAAAGCAAGUUUUUCAAAAUUGUAGCUAUUUUGAUCAUGAAUCAAGCAAACGCCGAUUAUAUGUCAGUCAAGGAUACUUUGGCAAUGUUCACCCUUUACUCGACUCUGGCCAUUUUUGUAAUCUCGACAGUGAUAUUUGGCUUAUCAUUGUACAGCUUUUUGAAGAAUAGAAGACUUCGACAGUUCAAGCUCUCGGAGCCACAGGUACAUAUCUACUACAAGGACAGAGACGUUAAACCAAAGCUCAACCGGAAAGUUCUAGAAGUCAUGGAUCCCGGUAGAUCCAUCUUAAUGCCGGUUAAAAACAGAAAAACAAAGGAUAAGACGAUCAGUCCCAAGAAAAAGAAGCAUGAAGGACAUUUGAACAGACCGGCGCUGAGAGAAAGACUUUGAGACUAACUUUUUGAACGGAUCUAAUGAAUUUUAUAAAACACCGAAA